GAGGCAAAGGUCUGGCGGUGUCUGGCUGUGAGUGCAGAGGUAGCAUCCCCAGCGACACGGCCACAGGCUUGCUGGCAUGAUGGCAUGGAGCUCACUGGUGCUGCUCCCCUUCCUUCUGGCAACAGUUUCAGGCAACACAGCGCCCUUCUUCAACAUGACUGUGGUCUAUGUGCCUGAGGACCUGGAACUGAAGCAGUAUGCAUUCCAGCUGAAGGCUUAUGAUUUAGACAACGACCCCCUCAGCUACAAAAUCGAAGGGACAGAUGCCUUCUACUUCUCUGUUGAUGCCACAUCAGGCAAUGUGACACUGAAGAACUACCUGGACCGCGAGCUCCAGCCCAAGCUCACCCUCACCGUGAAAAUAUCUGAUGCCGUAAAUAGUGACGUCCCAAAACCACUUGUAGUCAUCGUGGAGGACCGGAAUGACAAUGCCCCAGUCUUCCAGAACCUGCCGGCUCAAGUUCCCACCGCCGAGAACACGACUCCGAACACCAUCCUCUACUCCGUGGUUGCCAAAGACAGUGAUGCUGGGAAUGCCUCCAAAAUCACCUACGGCAUCAGUGAGGUGAUCCCAGACAACAAGGAGAAUUACCAGCUCUUCUACAUCCUGCCCAAUGGGAGUGUGGUGCUCAAUGGUUCACUGGACUAUGCCAAGAACACCUUCUACCAGCUCAGCAUCCUUGCCCAGGAUGGUGGGGGAUUGCUGCACGACAAAUGGGUCAUCCAGAAUUCCUCUUCCUACCUGUCCUUGACCAUUGAAGACGUGCCCAACCUGAACCCACGGUUCCUCAAAGAGCCCUACUCUGGCUCUGUGCCUGAGAACUGUGCCCUGGGCACCACUGUGCUGACUGUCAUCGCCAUGGACCCAGACACAGGGGUGAAAGAUGAAAUCUCCUAUGGCAUAACCAAUGCCAGUGUCCCCUUUGUUAUCAACCCCGCAACGGGCACCAUCACUGUGAGUGGGCCCCUGGACCGUGAGCAGCUGCCAAAUGAGGAAGUGCUGCUGGAAGUCACGGCACGUGAGAAGAACCUGGACAUCUAUGGCAAGAUUGCCCAGACCAGCACCCUGGUGACAGUCAUGGUGACUGAUGUCAAUGACAACAAGCCCCAGUUCUACAACUGCUUCCUCUCCAGCUGCAACUUCUCUGCCAGUGCUGAGAACAACUUCAGGGGCAGCAUCAUAGAGCACUCCUCCUCUGGACUGCCUGUCUCCAGCCUCAGCAUCGUUGCCCAUGACCCAGAUAAGGGCAUCAACAGCAAUUAUAAGCUGUAUCUUCAGGGUCCAAAUGUCGACGCCUUCACUGUGUCCCCAGCAACUAUUGUGGGCACAGGGGAGGUCCAACUCCUGGUGCGAAACCCAUCCUUAGUGGACUACGAGAUAAGCCACGUCAUGGUGGUGCAGAUCAUUGCUAAUGACACGGGGAACCCCACAGAUUGCUGCUCCACAGCUACUGUGACCAUCGACCUCACUGACAGCAAUGACCACAUCCCUGAGUUCCCCCAGAGCACCUACAACCUGACCGUGUUGGAGAACAGCCCUAACGGCACCAUCAUCGCCUCAAACAUCACGGCCUAUGAUCCAGACAGUGGUGACCUGGGUAGGAUCACCUAUGAGCUGCUCCCAGAGAGCAUACGUAACAUCUUCAUGGUGGAUGCCAAUACUGGGGCACUACUGGUGCAGAAUGGGAACUUGCUGGAUCGGGAGACUCGCUCCAUCUACUAUGCCAACCUCCAGGCCAAGGACGGGGGUGGCCUGGUGGGCACUACGGUGCUGGAGAUCACCUUGCUAGAUGCCAAUGACAUGGCACCCAUCGUCACCGGCUCCUACUUCAUCUCGGUGGAAGAGGGGCAGAACGUUAGUACACAGAUCCAGGCCAUCGACAAUGAUAAGCCCGGUGACCCCAACAGCAAAUUGGGCUUCAAGAUCUUGCCAGGGUUGUUCAGCGACAAUUUCACCAUCAACACAGAGACAGGUGAGAUGCACAGCAAGGGGCCCCUGGACCGUGAGGCCUUGGAAGAUGAGCGGGGGCAGUUCGUGGUGACAGUAGAGGUGUAUGACCACGGCGAGCCACGGCUGAGUACCUCAGUGAACGUCACCAUCACCGUUGGGGACCUGAAUGACAACGCUCCCAUGUUCCUCAACCAGUCCUAUGAGUUCUCAGUCUUUGAAGACUCUCAAGGGUCCUUCGUGGGUGAGGUAGAGGCCACAGACGCUGACCGGACAGACAUCAAUUCUCGCAUUUCAUUCCAACUUCAGAGGGGCAAUGGCUCCACCAACUUCUUGAUUCGCUCAUCCUACGAGGGACCAGGGCACUACAGUGGGAAUCUGUCUGUAGACCCUGACCUGUCCCUGGACUAUGACUCCCUGCAGCAGAAGUUCUUCACCUUGGUAGUGCUUGCAGAGAACACAGCUGCAGAAAAUGUUGGGGACAAGGCCAAUGUCUCGGUGGUGGUCCACAUCCUAGAUGUCAAUGAUGAGCCUCCCACUGUCCUGCAAGACUCACUGCAGGACACGAACGUGGCUGAGAAUGGGACACAGCAAGGUCUGGUCCACACGCUGAAAGCCGUUGAUCCAGACACCAACCACUCAUUGGUCUUUGAGGAGCUAGGGUUCACCUGCUUCAAGGGAGAGAGGAGCGCUGGGAACGUGUGCUUGGACUGGUUCGUGCUGACACCCAACGGCUCAGUGCUGGUGAAUAGCUCAGACAUCGACUACGAGCUGUGUGACAAGGUCCUGCUCACACUGCGGGCUGAGGAUCUGUACACUGAGAAGGGCAACCGCUACAGCCAGAACGAAACCCUGAGCAUCCUCAUUAUUGAUGUGAAUGACAAUGCACCAGUCUUCCAGGCCAUCACAGAGACCUUUGUGGUUGUCCCUGAAAUCUCUCCUGUGGACCUGCAAGUGGCUACCGUGAAGGCCACAGAUGCUGACACAGGACCAAGGGGAACCAUCACCUUCUCCAUCAUCAGUGUGGUGCUCGUGGAGGACAAUGGGGCCAGCCGACCCUUCCAGAACCUCUUCAAGGUGGUGAAAACGUUUAAGGACGACAUCUACAUCGGGAGCAUCCAGGUGGCCAGCAACCUCGAUGAUUCACUGAAGGGGCAGUACCAGGUGACGGUGGAGGCUCGGGAUGAGGAGGCACCAGUGCACACAGCACAGACUGUGCUGAAUAUCUUCACGGUGGAUGAGAGCUACCGCGUUGGCCUCCAGUUUCUGGUGACAGUGGAUGAAGUCCAGAAAAACUCUGAAAACAUCAAAUUGGCCCUGACCUCUGUGACAAAGGCAGCAGUCUACGUGGUGGCCAUCCAAAGCCUGGAGGACACCCGCGCUACUCAGGUAAAAGUCAAGUCAGAGAUGGAGGUGUACUUCGUCUACAGCAAUGGCACUGCCCUGGACAUCCACCAGCUAGGCAGACUCAUUCUGUCUGACCCUCUGGGCUUGGCUGAGCUGAUGAAACUGGGCCUGGCUGUCAUCGGCUCUGGGGAGGUGACUAAGCCCACCAGGGAGACGGAGCUGAUCGGCAUCAUCGCAGGGUUGGCAGCCUUCCUGCUCAUCUUCAUACUCAUCAUGACCUUGGUCCUGGUUCUCACCACCAGGAGCUACAAGAGGAAGCUGAGUGCGAUGAAGGCUCUGAAGGUGGCCACAACAUUCAGCCCUGUCACGGCGCAGCAGGGAGCUGGCAUCCCUGGGACCAACCAGUACAAUGUGACCAGGGCCAAUCCCAUUCUGAACCGUCCGCUCGAUCCCUCCCAUGACCUGGGCUUCCACGAGGACUCCAUCUCUAUGACCAGCAUGAAUUCCCUGGAUGAAAACACAGUAAAUGCACCUGCGGAUGACAACUUUGAGGUCAAGCAGGUCAAAGUGCAGCCGACAGACUCCACUGACAAGGAAGUGCUGGUGGCUGCCCUGAACCUGAAGGAGCCCACCAAAGUAGCAUACAUCAACACCACCUUCACCACCACGGACUUGUGA